GGGGCACCACUGUAUGUCAUCAGCCGAGGUAUCGCCGUAUGUAAUGUAAGGUCAAACGUUACAUUUAGUCAGCCAUGCCAUAUUUGAAGACCCCUCUCACUGACGUCACCGGUCACUUGUUCAACGCGCAGGGCACAAAAUGUGAAGAUUUUGAGUUGAAUUUCUAUCAGUGCACAACAGCAUACGGACUGCACAAACAAGCUCAGCAUAAAUGUAAACUGGAAAUGGAAGAUUUUGUCGAAUGCAUGACAAAGGCAAAGAAGAACGAGAGAAUGAAGGAGAUGAGGCGAGAACGCAACAGGCAGUACUAUGCUGGAGAGAGGACACAGAGGUACAUGGAUCCACCACCGAAGGACCUCUGAGCACGCUGCCCUGGCAUGCCCCGUAUCACGCUGGUACCUGGUUUUGCCAUGCACUACUAAAUGCUGCAUCUAGCUCGUCUUCUAGCAAUUACCACUUAUUAGAUCCAUGAAGUCGGUUGACAUGAUAGCGCUAUGUUGUUGUAAUCAUUUGGUUUGCUUUCUCGAAUGAGUGUAAUAGUUGUCAGUUACAGUUUCUGAAUUAUCUUACCCACACCUGCAUGGUGUAUGGUAUCGGGAAAACCUAACACCCGGUAGAUAUGUGCUGUAUGGUUAGAUCUGCUAAUGACGCUAACGUUGCAAAAAAUGCCUGGUGCAGUGUGUGUUGAGUGAUUUAGCUGAGGUUAUCUUGUACUGAUUUUAUGUAAACCCGUUCCUAAUAUAUUACUGUGGUGAGACUCAAAGAUGGCUUCAUUAUGCAUUUUCUUGGUAUGACAUAUAUACCGUUUAAAAUGCAAGUUGGUGUGCACAUUGUUUUGUCAGAUUUUCCUAUUACAUACAGACUUCUAAGAUCCCUGCCACAAGGUUAAAACAGUGACUGACAGACUGAAUCUAUCUACAUAUAAAUCAUGAAUGUGUGAUAAUUAGCAUUUAAUAUAAAUCACAAUCACGCUGCAAAAUAAUAGCAAGCACCAUUUACUAUAAUGAGGCAAAACAAGUGCCUGGGGAGCCACUUGUAGAUGUCACCAGCAAACCAGCUACGAUGUUUACUGUUACCAUAGCAACAGACAGUUCUAAAUCUGAUACCAUGAGCAGCAUGAAAGAUGGUGCAGGUCAAAGCAAUUUUCAGCCAGACAAAGCUUAUUCAUUUGAAAAGGCACGGCGCGCUCUUAUGAAGAAGCUGACGUGCGACUCAAAGUUGCCACAGUGUCCCAACACGGCAAUACCAAGGCAGCGCACACGCACUGAAACAGUCGAGCAACGGUCAGGCAGAGGCAGUUCUGUAUGCAUGACCCCUUACCUGCAGAAUUUGAGCUUGCUAGACGUGUACAGGGUUGCACAGCGGCCCGUCUGGAGUCCUUACAGGAGUACGAUGCAAAGCAAGGCGAUGAUCAGCCAGCGUGGACAAUCGCGUCAUGGAGGAGAUAUCGGGAGAGACGAUGGAAGACUGCCCUCACCACUGGACCCUCCCUGGUUGGCAACAGAGGUGACCAACGUUGUGCAGGACAUCAUAAGUAAAUAUCGGUCGCAGGUGAAACCGCUGCGGGUGCGGCAGAUUCCCAGCCGACUCAAGCUAGAGCAUGUCUUCCCGGACCGGCAGUCAGGAAUAUUCCCCGCUUCCAGGCUGCCGUGGGGACCGUCAACGCUGACGGGUGCACGCAGCAGCAACCUACCUCUCAUAUCGAUCAGCAGUGCAGAUGUUCAGGAUUAUCGUCACUCUGCGUUGCGUUCCAUUGGUGGGGAAGCUGUGAACGACAGCACGUCGCAACAAGAGACGCCUGGCUCGGUAGAUGCACACAACAGGAUUUGCGCAAACAUCUUGCCUCGGGGCAAUAUCAAUCUCAGGAACGCCAGGUUGAAAGUGGAGAGACUUGGCUCUUUUCUAGACAUGUCCCAGGAACCUUGGCUGAACGUCGUGUCGUCUGCAGUGACCCGUAACACUCAGAAAUCGCUCGACGGUAGAGAGCGUGGGAGGCAGAGGAAGGCCAGGCCCAAAUCUGACAAGGAGGAUUGGCCGUAUGUAGAUCCCAUGGACCAUGCACCGCUCGGCUUCCGACUGCGACUUCAGGUGCUAGCAGCUCUGGAAUCGGACACGAUACGAUGGGAGCGGGGAAAUAAGAUUGGCAAGAAGUGGAAAUAGCUAAUGUAGCUAUAUACAACUUACCAUACAUGCAUGUAAAUCUUAUCUGUAAUUUACAUAUGUAGCAAAUGGCAGCGUGAUUUACAAUAAUUGGCUAAAAAGGAUAACCUCGCUUCAUGCAUAUGUACACAGAAAUUUAUUGUGUCUGAUAUAGGGUGUUAAUUAAUACGAAUGUAGCAUGCAAUGACAAGCAUGCAGUAUAUCAUUGUAUAAAUGAACUGUAUAUUGUUUUGAGGAAAAUUGUAAUACUGGUAUAAUUCAUCUGUGAUUUUUAUUAAUCACUUUCAAAUGUAAAUAAUGUAUCAUUACUAAUUAGUGUAAUCAUAAUGUCAAUGAAAACAGUAGUAUAUGCAUUUGUUUCUAUAUGCUUUGCUAUAUACCACUAGACAUGAAGCCACAUAGUUAAAAUUGAAUAUGCAAGAAGUGUCUGCAAAAGGCAUAGCUACUUAAUAUGCAGGGAGAUAUAGCAGAAAUUUGUAAAUAAUAUGUGCAAAAUAUAGACUGUUUUAUUAUUGCA